GGGAACGCUUCCGAUGGCAAAAUGCAACCAGCACUCUAUCCUUUCUCCCUCUACGCAAAUCCCCCCCAAGACCUUAUCCGAUGGCCACACGACAAACCACCAAUGUCUUGUUUAGACCGACUACGGAGUAAGUAAUCAACCUUGUCACUCUGGAUAUUUCCGAUCGAGUCAAGUGUUUUAUCCUUCUUGAACUGGAUAUUGAGAAUAUUUCACAUUGGCCUCUUUUUCGUGUUUAGAUCGCCUGUCUACCCUUUGCCUUCCACUCUUCCCCUACCACCUCGACCUCGACCUCGACCUCGACCUCCACCGUUCUCUCCUUACAACCAUCCUCAUCACUCAAUCACCAUGGCAGCUGCACGAGGUCUUAAAAACGUCCUUGAAAAAGGUCCAAACGACGUGGUGAUCCUCUCAUCCCUCAGAACCCCCGUCACCCGUUCCUACAAAGGCGGAUUCAAAGACGCCUAUGACCACCAACUCCUCUCACACGUGCUGCGGGCCACCCUCGCCGCCAACCCCAACCUCCCACCGGAAAAGAUCGAAGACGUCGCCGUCGGCGUCGUCCUCUCCGAACUUGGCGGUUCUAAAGCCGCUCGCAUGGCACAACUACACGCUGGGUUCAGCGAAAAAACCGCUCUCCACACCGUCAACCGAGCAUGCAGUUCGGGACUCGCGGCCGUGACCAGCAUCGCCAACAUGAUUUCCGUGGGACAAAUCAGCAUCGGCAUCGGCGCGGGAAUGGAAUCCAUGACCAAGAACUACGGCAGUAAAGCCAUCCCCACACAACUCUGGGACGAAUUACGAAACAGUCCCGUUCAAGACGCCCAAGACUGUAUCAUGCCGAUGGGGUUGACGAGCGAAAACGUCGCCAAACGAUACGGCGUCUCCCGCGCCGAUCAAGAUGCAUUCGCGGCCGAAAGCCAUCAGAAAGCAAGUAAAGCCCAACGGGCCGGGUUGUUCGAUGGGGAGAUUGUUCCUGUCAAAGUCAAGCAAUUCACCGCCGAAACACCGGAUGCGCCAGCUUCGGAAUCGGAGGUUUUGGUAGAUAAAGACGACGGAAUUCGACAUGAAGUCAAUGCAGAGAAAAUGGGGAAAUUGAAACCCGCAUUUUCAGCAGAUGGUUUCUCCACGGCCGGUAAUUCAAGUCAGAUUUCAGAUGGUGCCGCCGCGACGUUACUGCUCCGACGAUCGACGGCGAAUGAACUCGGUUUAACCGGUUCGAUUAUUGGGAAAUGGGUCAAUACCGCCACGGCGGGAUGUAAACCGGAUGAAAUGGGUGUGGGCCCCGCGGUGGCGAUUCCCAAGGCUUUGGACCUGACGGGUUUGAAGACCGAGGACGUGGAUAUUUGGGAGAUUAAUGAGGCUUUUGCAAGUCAGGCGUUGUAUUGUACUCGAAAGCUGGGGUUGGAUAUCAGCAAAGUGAAUCCCAGGGGUGGCGCGAUUGCCUUGGGCCAUCCGUUGGGCAUGACGGGAACGAGACAGUUGGCCACUCUAAUGGCACAGUUGCAGGCUGGACAGGUUGGUGUCGUGAGUAUGUGUAUCGGUACGGGAAUGGGUAUGGCGGGUGUUUUUGUGAGGGAAUAGAGAUUGACUAUAUAGCUAUCUCUUGG